AUGGCCACCCCCGCCAAGAAGAAAGACUUCAACAAGACCCCCCAAGAACUCGUCACCGAAUUCUGGGACCAGUUCUUCGUCAAGAAACCCGGAAAGGUUACUCGGAUCUUCCCGCGCAGCCUCUAUGAGACUCUCCUACCACCCUCACAGCCACAAGGUGUCAGCUCAUCCCGCAAUGCCACGGAUAGCUACCUGGCCGCCGUCAAGGAAUGCAAGGAGAAGGUGAAGCGCAUUGUCAAGGAAUGCGAGCGCACCAACGAGAAGUUCACCGAUCCGGAUUUCGACAUCGAGGGUGACUUUGACAUCCGGAACUGCCUCCACGGACUCACCCAUGACGCUGAUCUAGAGGAAUUCUACGGCGAGCUCCAACAGCUGUACGACCUAGGAGCCACCAAAGGCAAAAAGGGCGCCAAGUCUCGGUCUCGCGGAGCUCCUCGCAGUGCCGAAGAUGCCCUCGAAACACCGGCACCCAAAGAUUCGAAAGGCCGUGAGGGUGUUAAGGCUGGUUGGCGUGAAACUUUCUCCCCCGGCUCCGUCCACCGUCUCGACUGGAUCUUUGAAUCACCCCAGUGGACCAAGGAUGGCUACUCGUCAUCUGACAUUAAGCAGGGCUGUGACGGCGACUGCUGGUGGCUGGCUGCCGUGGCCACCAUCGCCCACCGCAAGGAUCUCAUGGACAAGGUCUGCGUUGCCCGCGACGAGGAAGUCGGCGUCUACGGCUUCGUCUUCUUCAAGGAUGGCGAGUGGAUCAGCACCGUUGUCGACGACAACCUCUACCUGACGGAAGAGGACUACCGGCACCAUUACGACGAGUACGAUCCGACUGGCAAGAAGGGGCGCAAGCACCGGAAGGAUAAGCAGACAGGGUCCGAAGCCCUCUACUUUUCCCAAUGCUCUGAUCCGAACGAGACAUGGCUGCCCCUCCUGGAGAAAGCAUAUGCCAAAGUCCACGGUGACUAUGAAGCCAUUUCCGGCGGCUGGCCUGGUGAAGGCGUCGAAGACAUGACGGGUGGAGUGUCUGCCAUGCUGCAGUCGAACAGGGUGUUGCGGAAGGACAAGCUGUGGAAGGAGCUGGUGAACUCGAAUGGCGACUUCGUCUUCUCCUGCUCUGCCCAUGGCCAUGCCGAUACGAGAGGUAGCAUAGCCAACGGCCACGCUUAUUCUAUCCUGAAGGCCACAGAGGAGGUUGAUGAGGAUGGCAGGAAGGUCAGAUUGGUGAAGAUUCGCAACCCCUGGGGUGAGCGGACGCCGUGGGGAACUGGCGAGUGGGAUGGGCCUUGGUCGGACGGAUCUAAGGAAUGGACGCCCUAUUGGCUCAGGAAACUCGACCACAAGUUCGGCGACGAUGGCGAGUUCUGGAUGUCUUAUCAAGACAUGCUGGAUAACUUCAUGUACCUCUACCGCACUCGUCUCUUUGAUGACAAAUGGAAUGUCGUUCAGCAAUGGACCACUGUCACGGUUGGCUGGAUUGCCGGCUACUUGAACAAGAAGUUUGUCAUCGAAAUCAAGAAGGAAGGAACUGUGGUAAUUGUACUGAGCCAGCUUGAUGAGCGCUACUUCCAAGGCCUUGAGGGACAGUACAGGUUCAUCCUCCACUUCGUCCUACAGGACAAGGACGGAAAGGAGCAGCUCUGCCGCGUGCGUCCUACCCUUGACUGGAGUUCCCGAUCGGUCAGCUGCGAGCUCGAUCUCGAGCCCGGGCGCUACGAAGUCUUGCCCAAGAUCACGGUCCAACGAGAUACCAGCCAGCGUAUGGUUGAGGAUGUCGUCACCCGAUGGGCCGAGGAGAACCCCACCAAACUCCGCCAAAUCGGCAUGCAGUACGAUCUCGCCCACGCCAAGGGUGGCGUCCACGACGAGGACGAGAUCAUUACCCAGAGGAAAGAAAAAAUGAAGAAGAAGGAGGAGAGGAAGAAGGCCAAGGCCAAGGCCAUGCGUGAAAAGGAGCGCAGAGAGAAGAGGAAGCAGAAACAGGUGCAGAUCACCAUCAAUAUGCCUGAAGGUUCUACCGUGGCCACUUCCGGUACGGGUACGGAGGCUGAUAAGAAGGAGGAAAAGAAGGAGACAGCAGAAGAGAAGAAGGAGGAAGAGGAGAAGUUUGAGGAUGCUGUCGAGGAAAAGUCCAAGGAUGAUGAGAAGAAGGAUGGUGAGAAGAAGCAUGAGGAACCACCCAAGAAGGUAAGUGCCCCUUCAUCAUCAUCCAAGAGCGCCGCAGACGUUGCCGCUGGUGAAGGAAAGAAGACUGAGAAGGCUGGUGAAAAGAAGGAAGGUACUGCUGCUGCUGCAGAGAAGAAGAAGAUUGAGGAGAAACCCGCACGUGAAGAAAAGAAAGAGGAAGAAAAGGUACCUGUUGAGGAGCAGAAGACGACAAGGGCGCCGGCGGCGGCGGCUGAAGAGGUCCAGGAAGACCUGUCUGAAGACGAGGAAGAGGAGGAGGAGGAGCCCAAGAUCGAGUAUGAGGAGGGCAAGAUUCCCUGGAACGCCGUUUGCGUCGUUGGCUUGAGGGUGUAUGCUCAGGAUCCUGAUGUCACGGUCACGCUGGCGACUCCGAGUACUGCGGAGGAGGGCGCUAGUCUUGUUAUGGAUCAGCAUGCUGUUGGGGCUACUAUUUGA